GGGGGAGGGCAGGGGGCGGGGAGGAGGAGGAAGGCGCUGGCGCGCGGGCAGUGAUGGCGGCGGGUGAUGGGGACGUGAAGCUAGGCACCCUGGGGAGUGGCAGCGAGAGCAGCAGCGACGGCAGCGGCGAGAGCCCGGGCGGCGCGGGAGCGGCAACGGAAGGAGGCGGCUGGGCGGCGGCGGCGUUGGCGCUCCUGACGGGGGGCGGGGAGAUGCUGCUGAACGUGGCGCUGGUGGCGCUGGUGCUGCUGGGGGCCUACCGGCUGUGGGUGCGCUGGGGGCGCCGGGGUCUGGGCGCCGGGGCCGGGACGGGCGAGGAGAGCCCCGCCGCCUCUCUGCCUCGCAUGAAGAAGCGGGACUUCAGCUUGGAGCAGCUGCGCCAGUACGACGGGUCCCGCACUCCGCGCAUCCUGCUCGCGGUCAAUGGGAAAGUCUUCGACGUGACCAAAGGCAGCAAGUUCUACGGCCCGGCGGGACCAUAUGGAAUAUUUGCUGGUAGGGACGCCUCCAGAGGACUGGCAACAUUUUGCCUAGAUAAAGAUGCACUUAGAGAUGAAUAUGAUGAUCUCUCAGAUUUGAAUGCAGUACAAAUGGAGAGUGUUCGAGAAUGGGAAAUGCAAUUUAAAGAAAAAUACGAUUAUGUGGGCAGACUGCUAAAACCAGGAGAAGAACCAUCAGAAUACACAGAUGAAGAAGAUACCAAGGAUCACAAUAAACAGGAUUGAACUUUGUGGACAACCAAAGUCAGGGGCCUUCAGAACUGCAAUUCUUAACUCCCUUUCACAGAAUGCCCAACGUCUUUGGGUUUGAUUCACCUCCUGCAAAAAACACUCAACAGGUUGUGUACAAGAUAAAUUUGAAUCUCACUAUGAAGAUUUGAAUACUAGACGUUCUUUGUACUGCCAGACCCAGUGGUGGCAGGUAUUUGUAAUGUCUGAUGGGGCUUCCUCAUCCUGAAAGGAGACAGGGAUUUUUUUUUUUUUAAGGAGCAAGAAAGUCACACAAUCUCCCCUCCCUCCUCUUUUUUUUCUUUGAUUUUUUUUUUAAUUUCAAAUAUGUCAAAGACAACCAGAAAUGUAUUUGCUACUGAAAUGUACAGAUCUCCUCGAAACACAAAGGAUGCCUGUUUAAUGUGCCGUGGUUCUUUAUUUUAGCAUUGAGAAGGGAGGAGACCAUGGCAGGGAAAGUGGGUGUGCACAUCAGCUUGAGUAUUUAGGACUACAGAGAAGUUAAAAUAUCAAUUCCGAAACUUUUCUGUUUGGACUUUGUCAGGGGAGGAAAAACAAAAACACUUCUAAGAAAUCUUUGUAAAUCAGGAGAUGAGGUUUCAAGUGGGUUUAAAGUCAGUUAAUUCUCCAACAGUAAAAUCAUUUGAAACCUGUUUAUCUCUUCCCUCCCCUUCCCCUAGGUCAGAUCAAUAUUAAUUGUGCCUUAUUUCACUUACAUAGACUUGAAUUAUUUUUAGGGAAACCCCCAUAUGAAUUCUGAGGUCACUACAAGCAGCAUUGAGACUGAAGUUAGAAUUUUCUGUUGACCACAAAACCUUGACAUCAUUCUGUGUAUGAAGAAUGUAAAAGGAGUAUUCAGUGUUAACUGCCAUAUAUGUUAAUAUACACAAACUUAAUUAGCAUUGUGUUGGCCAAAUGCGUUCCCCAUGCUUUUCUCUUUUCAAAAAAAAAAAAAAGAAGAAAAGAAAAAUCAACAACUCUUAUCCCCCAACAGCUGCCUAAUUCGGGAGGCUAUCCUCACAUCUGCCCGGUGAGGGUGCGUGGGACUGCGACGUGGAUGGCUGUGUGGGUGAGUCUGAAUGUGUGUGAGAGCGUCUGGGAAGGAACUCUGCAGAUACUGUAAAUACAAGUACCAUUUUAAUAAAGCAUGUACAAUAAACCAAAAUAAGCCCGAGUUGGAUUUUAUAUAUAAAAUUGCCAGUGCAUUAUGAUGCAAUAGUAAGAUUGUGGAUUUGAUUCAGGAUAAGAAAAAAUCUUGAAAUAAGAAGCAAGCACUGGUUAACCAGGUUGUACACAUUGUACCACUUUCAGUGUAACUUUUGGAAAAAAUUCCACUUUUGUGGAACAUUCUCAAGAGAACUGAGAUUAUUCAGGUAAGAAUCGAUAUAUUAGAAUGUACAUAUUUUUAUUUUAUAAUCUGAUGCCAAGUGAUCAUGCUAGAAGUGAUAGCACUCCAGACAGAAGUUACUGGACACAAACAAUGUAAAGGGUACCUCACUCAUAGGCAUUAAAUCCUUAAUGUUUAGGUUGAAAAAGCCCUAUUUAUGCCAAUCUGAUUUCGUGAGGAGUGCAAGUUGCAACAAAAAAGGCAAGUUAACAAGUUACCAGUUCAAGAAAGACCCACUUAAUACAUGCAGAAGCUGAGGAAGAAAGGGAAACUUAAGAGCAGUGAGUUAUAGUAUGUAAAACUACUCCGAUCUAUUCAAUCUUCAGAUGUUGUGUUGACAAUUACGAUGUUGAGGCACAUCUCUGCCAGAGAUUGGUUGUGAAGAUGAAGAGUGUCCAUGAAUGCUGUGUGUUUUUAUGUGCAGUGUCCUCUAAACCAAUUGUUAAAAGUACAUGUCCUCUGUAGUAGGCUGACCUAUAUGAAUCAUUGGAGCCUAAGUUUCAAGAGUAAAUCUGCACUUGUGAGUAGGAAACCCUAAAUAUUCAUGCAGUACAAAUUAUGUGAUCUGUUAAGAAAAAUGAGUAAUUUUGUGUUUUGGACUUGAAAUAAACAGUGUUCUAUAGAUAA